ACACGGAUAGAGAGAGAGAGGGGGAGAGAGCUUUCGUCUUCAACGUCUCCCACCAAUUCCAUGAUUGCUUGGUUGAUUGGUGGGGGCGACGGGGGCGAUCCUUACGUACUUGGAAAGGCAAGAAAGGAGCGAGCUUUUAGCCUCUCCCAAGAGCUGUUCCGCUUCCUCUCGGAGGUGGAGCGGAAGCGAAGAGGCUGUAGUUCCUGAAUUCCUUUCUUCUCCUCUUCUCGCAUGUCUCUCGUCUGUCUUCGGCGGGUGAGCUCGGUGGUGAAUAAGUUGUCCCCUAGGAGGCUUAAGAUCAACUUGUUCCUGUACAGAUCUGUCAAAUUAUGGACGAAAAGCUUUUAGCUAAUGGAGGAGACAAGCCAAAAGGCCACUAUACCCUUACUAAUGACGUGGAAGACCUCCAGUUGGGAAUGUAUGAUAAACCUCUUCCUUAUUUUGGCUGGGGAAUUGGAUGGUUUUGCGUACUUGUCGGAUUCAUUUUUCCUAUUAUGUGGUACUUUGCAACAAUACUGUACUUCUGCAACUACUACCAAAGAGAUCCUAGAGAGCGGGCUGGACUUGCUGCUUCGGCAAUAGCUGCACUGAUAUGUACAGCUGCGGUGGUGAUUGCUCUUGCUGUAAUAUUGUUGUAGCCCAGGAGUUCAAAAUUUUACAUCACCUUAUCCUUCUCCAGUUGGCAGAAGUCUGAGCCACUUAAAGUUGGUCACAUGUCCCAUUUCUCUGUAGACUUGUGCAUAGUAGGAGUUCUGCAAUAUGUAGCACCGUUAAGGACCCCCUUUCUUUGGUGGGGAAAUGGGAAGAAGCAGAAGCAUGUGUUGUAAAGAAUGUACAUUAUAGGAUUGAAAAGUUGUCCCGACUGGAAGCAACUAAAAAAUUUUCUCUCAUGAGGAUGGGCUCUAGAUCA